AGAGAGAGGGAGGGGAUUGAGAGACGUCCCCUUCUAGGCAGUGUUGGCAAGUGUCUUGCUGGGUUUGACCAAGAGAUGACACAACUCAGGGUCUCUAACGUGGCAAUAAUAAAACAGACAUCGCAACCGAGGGUCUAUAUUUCAAAUAAGCUUGUUUAGCUCGGUUCCAUCUCGGACUUGUCUAAUAUAUCCGACCGACUGGGAGGAGAGAGAGACGGUCUAAUUGGUCGUCACUGGAUGUCAACUUGAGGACAACGGGCUUCUGCAGGCUCAGCACGCACACACAGACACGCACGUGUCUGUGUGUAGUGAGUGUGUGUGAUCAGACCCUGGACCUCGGCCGGGUGCUAUGGUGAGGCGAUGCCGACAGGCUGGAGCGAGGAGAGAUGUGACGGCGCCGCUGGGACCGCUGGCCAACGUAGCCCAGCGUCCCCAACCUCAUUCUGGCUGCUGUGCUCCUUCCUCCUGUCCUCCGCGGCCUGGCGCCCCCUCACCGCCGACGACCCGUGCCCCGAGAAGUGCCGCUGUGACUGGGACACGGCCACGGUGUGGUGCUCCGACGCCGGCCUGGCCGAGGUCCCGUCCGGCCUCCCGGCGGAGACCGUGGCCCUGCACCUGGAGAACAACUACAUCCGGCUGGUGCCCGAGGCCGCCUUCGCCGAGCUGCCCCUCCUGCGGGACCUCUACCUGUCGCACAACCGCAUGGAGACGCUGGCGUCGGGGGCCCUGCGCCACCUGGGGCCCGAGCUGCGGCUGCUGGACCUGUCCCACAACCAGCUGAGGCGCGCCAGCCGGCAGGACUUUGGGGCCACGCGCGCCAAGACGCGGCUUUUCCACAACCCGUGGCACUGCGACUGCGCCCUGCAGGAACUGGUGGAGGCGCUCAACCUGGAGGCCGAGACGGUCAACGGCAUCGUGUGCGAGACCUCGGUGCGCGGCGGGGGAGUCGGGGAGGGGAGCCGCUGGGAGGAGCCCCCGGGGGCGCAGCAGCAGGGGGAGCACGCGGGCCAGCCGCUGGUCAAGCUGCUGGACGCCGGGGUGAACUUCUGCAGCAUGCAGCGCAAGACCACCGACGUGGCCAUGCUGGUCACCAUGUUCGUGUGGUUCUUCAUGGUGAUCGUGUACGUGGUGUACUACGUGAGGCAGAACCAGGCCGAGUCCCGGAGGCACCUGGAGUACCUGAAGAGUCUGCCCAGCCCGAAGAAGGUCCCCACGGAGACGGACACGCUGAGCACCGGGUUCUAGGCCAAACCCGGCGGGGGUGGAGGGGGUUGGAACGAUUGGGAUUGAUCCAAGGAUUCUGGGGAAUGCUGAUAUCUUCAGCCUCUCCUAUUUGGAUGGAACCAGUCCAGUUGACUUGGCAGGCAAGACAUGAAUUUGCCCUUUAGACUGUUUCUAUGGUGCCCACAGGGGUUUUCUUUUGUUGUCAAGAAAAUUGCUCAUGUGCUGUUGUUUUAAAUUACAUUUCGUAAUUUCCCGGUGAAACACAGACUCCCUUUUCACAUGAGUAUUGGUGAGAUCUUAGCAAACAGCCUUUUAGCAGCUGCGUGAUCGAUUCCUCCCUUUUUCCUUUUGGUCCGUUCCUUUCUUCUUUGCAUGCGGCUUGUCCUUUAAUCUCCCAGCGUUGAGCCAUCCGUACGUCCGCUGUUCUGGCUCACUGACCGCCAACAAGCACCUUUAACAGAGGAUGAAAUGGACCGAAAGUGCCUCACACACAGACACCCAUACAGGGAGACCGGACGCUGAU